CUCGCGUUGUUUGAAGAGUGACGGCGGCUGGAAAGUAGAACCGGAGGGGGCGGGUGCAACAGCGUGAGCAGAGAUGUUUGGGGGCUUUUUAUAUAAAAUUAUUUAUUUAAAUAAAAAUGGCCGCCGUGGAGAGCGGACAGGAGAGAUUAGAGGAGGACGACAGAAGUGAGCGGAGACCGGUUAGUCCUCAGCCCUCAUUCCGGCAAAGAGGCCUCUCACACGCUAAGACCAAGAAGCCCCGCAAGGAGCGUCGUCAUGCCGACCAGAAGGCAGACAUCACCUUGCCGCCUGCAACACAAGCAGCUAAGCUGCAGACAGUGGUGGAGCCACAAAGCCAGCUAGUGGAGCCUGCAACUGGUCCCUUAGACCCUUUGCCUGGACCCUCUGAGCCGCCCUCAGCACCAAGCAGUGAGUCUGCUGGUUCUCCAAGGCAACGCCGCUCCAUCAUACGUGAUCGUGGCCCUCUGUGGGACGAUCCGACACUUCCUGAAGGCUGGACUCGCAAACUGAAGCAGAGAAAGUCGGGGCGCUCCGCGGGAAAGUUUGACGUCUACCUGAUAAACUCAGAGGGCAAAGCUUUUCGCUCAAAGGUUGAGCUCACCGCUUACUUCCAGAAAGUCGGAGACACGACUACUGACCCCAAUGAUUUCGAUUUCACAGUCACUGGACGUGGGAGCCCCUCCCGCCGUGAAAAGCGCCCCCCCAAAAAACCAAAGGUGGUAAAACCCUGUGGACGAGGUCGUGGGAGGCCUAAAGGAAGCGGAAAGUUGCGACAAGCUACGGAGGGCGUGGCCAUGAAGCGUGUGGUUGAAAAAAGUCCGGGCAAACUGCUAGUCAAGAUGCCCUUCAACAAGGCAGAGUCGUCCACUAUCACCACAUCAUCUGCUUCAAAGGCAGUGUCUUCUUCCCCUGUGACCAAGGGCCGACCAGGGAGAAAGAGGAAAUUGGAAGAGGCAAUUCCACCUCCAUUACAGACUGCCCCCAAGAAACGGGGCAGAAAACCUUCUUCAGCUGCAGCAGCUUCAACAGCAGCCAUGACCACAUUAACCUCCUCUGCAUCAACGUCUUGUAGCUCUACAACUGGGAGCUACGCGGCGGCCCUCUUAGCUGCUGAUGCCAAACGGAGAGCAGCCAAAGAUUCUUCCAUUAAACCUGUUGUACAGGAAAAGGCAUUGCCAAUUAAGAAACGCAAAACCAGAGAAACAGUGGAGGAAACGGAAAGUGUCCAGAGUCAAGUGGCUACAGCUGAAGACAUAAAGAAAGGGGAUACAAUAGAGGUAGAGGAAAAAAAAUAUACUCAUACUUCAGAGCUUCAGACCAUGUCGUUACAGCAGACCCAAAGCCAUGCUGCCACUCCAGAGGAAAGCCAAACACAAGGAAACAAGUCACAUAAAGGAAAAAAGCACAAUGAGAAGACAGCAGCACGAGAGGGCAAAGGCAAGGGGGCGGAGGUGGGUGAAGAUGUAGGUGACAAAGAAGAAGGAAGGAGUAGAAUUAGCAGCAGCUGUAGUGUGAGCCCUCCCAAAAGCCACAAAAGAAAGGAUCGCCCUCCUCGCAAGCACCACCACCACCACCAUCAUCGCCACCAAGAGUCUUCUGUCUCCACACUGGAUGAACCUCCUGCCCCUACACCUUCUUCUUCUUCUACUCGUUCAGCAGCUGGAUCACCAACAACAUUCAGCCAGUCCACACUAGAAACUGAGUCCCAGGUUAUACCGGCAACCACCAACCAACAAUCCCAGCAUUCACAGCAAGCUCUUUUUCGAUCACAGUCCAAGUCCAGUCAGUCAUUGACUCCUCAACAUCCAUCUCCUCAAUCGCGUUCCCGACAACAAUCCAAGACGCAGUUCGCUUGCUGGUCUUCUCAACCUGUAUCCCACUCUACGACUACCUGCCGUGUUGUGCCCCAGCAGCAUUUACUUCAAAUGCCCUUCCAGACUCCUUCUCAAAAGGCACGGUCUCAGUCUGGCAGUUCAUCAGGUCAGGAGGAAACCCAUCAGGCUCCACAUACCCCAGCUCAUUCACCCCCCUCACAGUCACCUUCAAGUUUGCUUGUUCAUCCACUUGAAUUGUGUCAUAAACAACCAAGUCAGUCCCCUACAGCUCCCCAUCCUCCAGCCCUUCCCAAAAACACUUCUCACUACCAGACCCAGUUUAGACAACAAUCUCAAGUCGAGUCCCAAGAAUCACUGCAGUCUCAAACACAACCACAAUCUAGAACGCCCACCCACACUCAAUCCCAAUCCAGAACCCAAGUACAAUUUCAGGCACAACCCCAGUCCAGAACUCCAUCUCAAACACAACCUCUUAUUCUGCCCCAAAUAACCUCACAUACUCAACCUGAAUCCCAGUCCAGAAGCAUACCCCACAGUCAGUCACAUCAUCAGUCUACAACUCCCACCCAAACUCCACCACAGUCUAGAACUGUAUUUCAAACUCAACUUCAAACCCUGUCAAGAACCACAUGCCAACUUCAAACACAACAUAAUGCAAGAAUCAUGGCCCAAAGUCAAUCCCAACCACAAUGCAGAUCCCCUGACCAAACUGAACCCCAGCCAAGAAAUGCCACUCAAACGCAAUCUCAACCGCAGUGUAGAACCCCAGGUCAAAGUCCAACCCUAUCACAAUCCAGAACACCAAGUCAAAUUUUAACUCAAUCCCAAUCCAGAACACCAAGUCAAAUUUUAACUCAAUCCCAAUCCAGAAUACCAGGUCAAAUUUCAACUCAAUCCCAAUCCAGAACACCAGGUCAAAGUCCAACUCAAUCCCAGUCCAAAACUGUAACCCACAGUCAGUAUCAACACCGGUCCAAAACCCACGACCAAACCCAAUGCCAGUCCAGAACACCAGUUGAAACCCAGCCUCAAACGCAAUCAAGAGAUCAAGUCCAACCUCAGUCUCGCACGCAGUCUCGAAUACCCAAUCAAACACAACCUCAACAGCAAACCAGAACCCCUACGCAACUUCAAACCCUGUCAAGGAAUAUAGGCCAAAGUCAACAUCAGUACCAGUCUAGAUCACCACUUCAUCCUCAAACUCAUUCCCAAUCUAGAAUGCCAUCCCAAACGCAAACGCAGCCUAGAAACUCCAUCCAAACUCAACCCCUUUCAAGAUCUCCUACCCAAACUCAACCUCACCUGCAGCCAAGACACCAAGUUCAGCCUCAGCUGCCCACAAGGUACCUUUUACAAGAUCAACAUCAAACCCAGUACAGACUUCAACCCAGGCAUUCUGUCUCCCAGCCCUGUCAAGAUCAUUCCCAGUUGCAGACCCAAUCGCAACCACAAAUUCAGCCCCAGCCCCAACCUCAGCUUGCCAGACCUCAUAUGCAGCAUCUUACACCCAACCAACAGCAGCCACGCAACAUGGGAAGGACAAAUGUUGUUCUUUCUCAAGUGACCCAGAGCGAACAGCCUCAAGAUCUAAGCACUACAAGACCAGGGGGAACUAGUGUGACGCCUGGCCAAGAGGUCUGUGUGGAAGAUGUUACUGCAGAAGGAAGAGGAGAGACAUCUUUUUCAGCAGGCAGCAAAGAACUGAACAGCACUUCCAGAUCUCCUGGCUCUGCACCCGCUGGGCCUACCACUGUGGCUGGAGUGGGUGCUGAAGUUGUCACAGGAUCAGAUGAUCAGUCCCGGCUCCGGUCAGGGGCAGCAGGUGAUGGCAGAGAGCUCCAAGACAUUGUCCCGCAGUCUGCAGUCCCAUGUCCUAGUCGAGAGGAAACUGUAGAGUCACGGACCGCCGUCAGUGAAAGAGUCAGCUGACUGUGCGGGACAAAUCUUGGGCUGAAGGAUCCAUAGACUGACUGGUCCUGCCAGAGAAAUGGUACCAUGCUUAAUGGCAGUUUUGCACUGUUUUUAGGUUGGAAUAUGUAAUGUCACACAUGAUUUUUUUGGACCGUUAUAGUGCUCUGUGUGACCGUCUGGAAUACUGUGUGUGUAAUUUUUUAGAUCAUAGAACCAAAACAGACCAGAGACAGAGUUGUAUGUAUAUAUUAAAUAUAUAUAUUGUGUAUAUAUAUAUAUAUAUGUAUAUACAUAUAUGUACGUAUGUAUGUAUGUAUAUGUAUUUACAAAUAUAUAGAUAUAUAUACACACAUAGAUACAUAUAUACAUAUAUGUAUGUAUAGAUAAACAUCAAAAAAUUAGAAUAUGGAAAAAAAGUUUAAUAUUUUUUUGUCAAUCAUUUCAGAAAGUGAAACUUGGGUUUUUAUAUAUAUAUAUUUAUUACACAUUGAAUGCAAUAUUUCAAGCUUUUAUUCUUUCUAAUUUUGAUCAUCACGGCUUACAGAUAAUGAAAACCCCAAACUCGGUGUCUGAAAAUUUGAAUAUAAAGUCACUGACACUGCAGUCAUUGCUAAAGAAGCUAGAUGUUCGGAGUGCUGUAUCCAAGUAUAAUCAUAGAGCGUUGGGUGGAAGGAAAAGGUCUGGAAGGAAAAGGUGCACCAGCAACAGGGAUAACCGCAGCAUUGAGAGGACUGUCAAGCAAAAUCCAUUUAAGAAGGAUGAGGCUGGAGUUAGCAUAUCAAGAGCCACUAUGCACCGAUGACUCCUAUAAAUUUCCUACAAAUGUCACCAUUCUUCAAGUCAAGCCACUCCUAACCUGGUGAUGAUGUUAGAAGCGUCUUCCCUGGGCUGGGGAAGAAGACUUGGAAAAUUUUGCAUGUCAUUUGGAAAUCAAGGUCCCAGAGUCUGGACGAAGUGGAGAGGCACAGAAUCCAUGUUGCUUAAGGGCCAGCGUAAAGGCAAAGGUACCAAAAACCGGUUCAAUGACCAUGGAGUUUCUGUGCCAGCAAAAUUCAAACCACAAGACCCAAACUACAAAAUGGGCUUUUUUUCAAGAGGAAGAUGGAAAAACACCAGACCCAACAAUGCAGAUGAUCGGAAGGCCGCUAUCAAAGCAACCUGGUCUUCCAUUACACCUCAGCAGUGCCACAGUCUGAUCACCUCCAUGCCGUGCUGCAUUACUGCAGUGAUUCAGACAAAUGGAGGCCCAGUUAAGUACCGAGUGCAUAGACAUGAAUUGUCGUUAAAAUAACUUUUUUUUAAAAGUGAUCUUAUGUAAUAUUUUGAUUUCCUAAGACCCUGACAUUGGGAUUUUCAUUACCUGUCAGCAAUAAUCAUCAAGAUUACUAAACAAAAAUUAUUUUCACUCUAUGUGGACAGUAAUAAAUAUAUAUAUAUAUACACGAGUUUCACUUUUUGAUAAGAUUGAAAAAAUAUUGAAUUUUUACACCAUAUUCUAAUUUUUUGAGCUGCACCUGUGUGUGUAUAUAUAUACAGUAUAUGUAUACAUAUAUAUAUAUACAUAUAUAUACACACACACACAUAUAUAUAUAUAUAUAUAAAUGAAGAAUUAAAAGGCAGCUGUUGCGUCCCGUAGCUCCGUGCAGAUGGAGGGGAAGUACGAAAGUGAAAAACUAUUGCUUAACAACACAUUACUCUGAACAAAAAGUUUCUUCCAGAAUAUAACCUGUUGUUUAUUUUUUAUUUGGUAUUUUGAUAGUUUAUUGUUAUGUCUUUGUUAUACUGCUUUAAACUGAUAAUAUUAUAGAUUCACAGUCAUUUAUUUAUCGUUUGACUGAGCUAUUCCCCUAAAAUGUCCCUCUAUUGACUGACUGUCCCUUGGUAAAAAAAAAAAAAAAAAAAAAAACAGUCUGUGACUUAAAGACUAGGUAACAUAGCGCGAUUGUUAAACUGGUUUCUAAAAAUCUUACAUUGUUUUUUUUUUUUUUUUUGUUCUUUGCAUAUUAAUAAUAAAACAAACAAAAACUAAUCAAGGUGCCAGGGAAAUAUUGUUAUCCAGUCACUUCCAAUUUGUCCCUCACAAGUAGUGGUCCUGACAUAACACAUCAAUGAUCUAACUCUGAUCUGUAAUGGCUCAUUUAUGCUGAACCUUACAUACGAGCAGGGUGGACCCUUUAGGCUAAACUCUGCCUUUAUUUGGUUGGUGUCUGCAACCUAGGACUCCCAUGAACUAUAUUAAUAGUAAUCAUGUAAAGGCAAUUUCAUAAGUACAUUUUUUUUUUUAUAAUAUAAUUGAAUAUUCCAGACAUUAAACGAUGCAUGGGAAACAACAAACCAAAAUUAACAGCAUUCAUACAGAACCAGGAGAGCAAAAGAGAAUGGGAAUUUCAGUCAAAAACUGCAGUUUUGCCAGAUGAAAAAGUCAGAGGACGUCAGUCCUGACAGUCAGAGAUAUAGGGCAUUACUGAAUAGGAUAUAUCAAAAAUGGCCUUUUGUGUUAAAUCUCUCACUCAAUGAAAGAUACUAAACCCCAAUGCAAUUUCCUGCCUACAUCUCUGUUAUGGUAAGAUGCAGACUGACUUUGCACAACCGUCUUGUGUAAGAGAAUGUAAAUUUGCAUUCUUUGAACAUUCUUGGAUGUUCCACUGUUUGUGAACACAGCAUAAAUGAGCCUCAACUCGUUGUGAUUACUUGUCAAAAACAUAUAUACGAUGAACUGUUGAUUAUUUUGAUUCGCACUGAAACUGAUAAGGUAUGUGUACAAAAAAAAAAAAAAAA